AUGGCCCGUACCAAGCAGACCGCCCGCAAGUCUACGGGAGGCAAGGCCCCUCGCAAGCAGCUGGCCACCAAGGCCGCCCGCAAGUCCGCCCCCGGCGUCACCGGCGGCGUCAAGAAGCCCCACCGCUACAAGCCCGGAACCGUCGCCCUGCGCGAGAUCCGUCGGUACCAGAAGUCGACUGAGCUGCUUAUCCGCAAGUUGCCGUUCCAGCGCCUGGUCCGCGAGAUUGCGCAGGACUUCAAGACCGACCUGCGCUUCCAGUCGUCGGCCAUUGCUGCUCUGCAGGAGGCUGCCGAGGCGUACCUGGUGUCGCUGUUUGAGGACACCAACCUGGCUGCUAUCCAUGGCCGCCGCGUGACUAUCCAGCCCAAGGAUCUGCAGCUUGCACGCCGUCUGCGUGGCGAGCGCUCGUAG